UUAUAAUUAUAAAUAACACAAGUAAAAUUUUAACCCCUUCAUCUCCUCUCACAUUUCGAAAAUUCAGCAUCAGCACUGAACUCAAGCGGUUUCUCUCCAAUGGCCGAAUUCUCUCUUCCUCCGGACUCGUACUUCCUCGGAUUCGACAGUUCAACCCAGUCGUUGAAGGCAACCGUUUUGAACUCCAACCUCACCAUUGUUGCGUCUGAGCUUGUUCACUUCGAUUCUGACUUGCCCCAUUACAAAACCAAAGAUGGGGUGUACAGAGAUCCUUCUGGCAAUGGCAGAAUCGUUUCACCCACAUUGAUGUGGGUGGAAGCUCUUGACCUCAUGUUUCAGAAGCUAUCAAAUUCAAAUUUUGAUUUUUCUAAGGUUGCUGCUGUUUCUGGGAGUGGACAGCAGCAUGGUAGUGUUUACUGGAAGAAGGGUAGUUCUCAGAUUUUGUCUUCAUUGGAUGCUAAGAAGCCAUUGUUAGGUCAGCUUGAAAGUGCUUUUUCCAUUAAGGAGUCCCCAAUUUGGAUGGAUUGUAGCACUACUAAACAGUGUAGGGAAAUAGAGAGUGCUUGUGGGGGAGCAUUGGAGCUUGCUCGAGUCACGGGGUCGCGUGCUUAUGAAAGGUUUACUGGCCCCCAGAUUAAGAAAAUAUUUGAGACUCAGCCUGAAGUUUAUGAUAGCACUGAAAGGAUCUCGCUUGUUAGCUCAUUCAUGGCAUCUCUUUUGAUUGGGGCUUAUGCUGCUAUUGAUCAUUCUGAUGGUGGAGGCAUGAAUUUGAUGGACAUAAAGAAGAAGACUUGGUCUAAAGUAGCACUUGAGGCAACUGCCCCUGGUUUGGAGUCAAAGCUUGGAGACCUAGCCCCUGCAUAUGCUGUUGCUGGGAAAAUUGCUCCAUAUUUUGUAGAGAGGUAUAACUUUAAUAAGGAUUGCUCGGUUGUUCAGUGGUCAGGAGACAAUCCUAACAGUGUGGCAGGAUUGACCCUAAAUAUUCCAGGGGAUCUUGCCAUCAGUCUCGGCACUAGUGACACUGUAUUUAUGAUCACUAAAGAUACAAAUCCAGGAUUAGAGGGACAUGUCUUCCCUAAUCCAGUUGAUGCAGAAGGUUACAUGGUUAUGUUAGUAUACAAAAAUGGGUCCCUUACCCGAGAAGAUGUGCGCAAUCGUUAUGCAGAGAAAUCUUGGGACGUUUUCAAUAAAUUUCUGCAGCAAACACAGCCUUUAAAUGGUGGAAAGUUAGGUUUCUACUACAAGGAGCAUGAAAUUCUUCCUCCUCUUCCAGUUGGUUUCCACCGCUACGCUAUAGAAAAUUUCUCGGGCGCACUGGAUGCAAUGAAGGAACAGGAAGUUGAAGAGUUUGAUCCUCCAUCUGAGGUCCGGGCGUUAAUUGAGGGCCAAUUUCUCUCAAUGCGAGCUCAUGCUGAAAGAUUUGGCAUGCCUUCUCCUCCAAAGCGAAUCAUAGCCACUGGUGGAGCUUCGGCAAAUCAUGACAUCCUUAGCUCCAUAGCUUCGAUUUUUGGCUGUGAUGUAUAUACAGUUCAAAGACCUGAUUCAGCUUCUCUUGGAGCUGCAUUGAGAGCUGCUCAUGGAUGGCUCUGCAACAAGAAGGGAGGGUUUUUACCCAUAUCAGAUAUGUACAUGGACAAAUUGGAGAAAACUUCUCUGAGCUGCAAACUUUCCGUUCAUGCUGGGGAUCAAGAACUGGUUAACAAAUAUGCUGCUUACAUGAAAAAGAGAAUUGAGAUAGAGAAUCGUCUCGUCCAAAAGCUUGGACGCUGUUGAAAUACCUAUGUUGCUAUUUUUAUUUUUUUACUCUAACAGACAUAACUUUUACCUUGAGCUCACUGAAUAAAAUAAAGUGAUGCCAAAAGUUUAAGCAUUACUUUCAAGUAUGGAAGUUUCAAAAUAAUUACAAAUUUAUCUUA